UCCCACUGUUCCUUGCGGCAGUCUCAGUCCAACACGCUCCAAGAUGUCUUGGUCGGCCCAAGACGGCGUUGACGACGAUUUCGUCCUCCACGGGCGGAAAACUCCCAUCAGGGACCACCCUGGUGGGUACUUCACAAACUCUCAAAAGACCAUCACAACCCGAGACCUGACCCAGAGUCGCACAUACGACCCCGGAAACUAUCGCCCCUCGUCAAAAACCGCUGCCAUGCGGACCUACAGAAGUGACCUCCGCAGGAGCCACAGCGAGGACGACCUUCGAAAGACGAAAGAAGAGAUGCUCCAAGACAUCUUUAGAGCAGAAGGACGGUCACUAAGUCCGUCGGUUUACGAGCUGGAAAAGUCGCUCACUGAUCUCAGGCUCGACCUGAGCGCUCUGAGUAACAGCGGCAGUUUUGGGAAGGGUCAGCUGAACAAGAGCGUGUCGUUCAGUGAUAAAGUUCAGGAGAAAAUCGUGCACAGCGACAGCGAAGACAGUGUGGACGAGGAGCUGCGUAGGUUGAUUGACAGGGAUGACGAGGAGGCGUCAACGGGAGAGAGGGGUGGCGGCGAUAUCCCGCGCCCGCUGAACUCCAAGAACGUGACCAGCCACGAGUACAAGUGGGUCAGCGACAAACCGGCGGCCGAACACGACAAGCAGUGGUACACCGAUCCCAAACACCUGACAUCCGAGGUGGGGUACUACCCGACCCUACAGGAAGGCGGCGUGCCUCCGCGGUCUGUAUCGCCCGUGAACAGAACAAUCGGGAGGUUCGGGUCAGAAAUUGCCGACAAAAGUCCUUUUGCGAGGGUCACGCCGGCAGACAUUGCAUCCAACGCGACAAGCUACCCCGUCAGGCUGCAAGCACCGUAUAUCAUCGGCGUGAAAUCGCUGAAACCGCCAAAGAUCCAGCCGAGACCGCAGUCGCCAAUCCGUGCCCUGUCGCCCGCGCUCCGUAUGGAACGUAUGAUGGAGGACGUCGAAGAAGAAAGGGGACGGUCAAGGUCACGGACAAGGACAUCAAUUCGGACGCGGUCCAUGUCACCUGCGUUAAGACAGAGCAGAGGUCGUUUACGAUCAAGGUCAAGCUCUCUAACACGAGGCCGUUCCCCGUCCCCGGCGUGGAAACCCGUCCUGAAGGUGAAAGAAGAGGCCCCCGUUUUUCUGGACACGUCUCCCAUGCCUCGCAAACCCCAGCGUAAGUUUUCCCCCAGACAAUCCAGGUCCAAGUCUAAAAAAUUCACGUGGAAUUCCACCACUCCAGUUCCAGAAAAGCCGAUGAAUGCAGACAGUGCACUUAAAGACAUCAGUAAACAGUUCCUCCAAUCUCUGGAGCCUGAAACAAGAAAAUACUUGUUGGAACAGUCCAUCAAGAACAACACGCCGCUAUUGGCUGAAGCCGACAAGCUGAGCGGGCGGACUGUGUCGGACUCACCGUGGGAGAAAGAGCUUGCUCGCUUGCGGUUAGAACGACUGAGGAUCGAGGAAGAACACCUGUUGGAGUUGAAAAGAGAAGAAGAGUUGGAGAGAAUCAGGGGACCGAUGCCCAAAUGCUGGCAUGGACCCAACAAACUGCCCAGCCCUGCCUGGUACGAGAUGAAGACAAGCCAGUUCCACUAUGAGGCCAAGAAGAACAACAAGUUGUUGAGGAACUCCGGACACUGGCAGGACAUGAUGGACUAUCGCCAGGAGCUGCUCAACGCUUCACGGGAGUUCAGUCAGAGUGUGGACCCUCAUGCCACCCUGGGCAUGGCUUUAUAACCUACUGUAUCAGUAGUUAUUCUAC